GUUGACAGGUAUAUAGCCAUGAAGCUGCCCCCUGAUUAAAAAUGACUGUUCUAUCCCCGUCAACAUUCAAUUGCAUCCUUUCGUCACACUUGCUGGUAAAUACAAAUCCUCCACAUCAUCGACUUCACCAUGGAGCUCACCACCCUUCUCUCUUUCCUGGCUAUCGCACUCCCCAAUGCUUAUGGUGCGCCCACCACGGAUGCCAAUAACAUGCACCCCGAGCUCCUCCAUGCCAUGAAGCGUGAUCUUGGCUUGAACGCUGAACAGGCCGCUACCCGUAUUGCCGAUGACCACAAGGCCACCGAGCUCAUCACCAAGCUCACCGAGUCCAUCGGCAGCGAUAAGUUUGCUGGCGGUUGGAUCAGUGCCGGCAAGACGUACGUUGGAGUCACCGACAAGGCAGCCAAGGACCAUGUCACCGCUGCCGGUGCCGUGCCCGUCAUCAUGAACACCACCCUCUCCAAGCUGGAGGCUGCCAAGAAGGCCAUUGAUGACCACCUCUCCUCAUCCGUCCGGGCCCGUGACAAUACCAAGGCCGAUCCAAACCUCGCCGGCAUUGCCUCUUACUUUAUUGACGUCGCCAAGAACAAGCUCAUCGUUGAGUCCCUUGCAGAGAACAAGGACCAAGCUCGUGCGCUUGCUGCUCGCGGCAACCUGUCCGACGCCGAGUACGAGAUCCGCGUCGUCAAGAGCCUUCCUUCGGCUGCUGCUGACGUGGUAGGCGGAUGGCCGUACGUUGCUGGCGGCUUGACUUGCUCUUACGGCUUUGCUGUCCAGGGCGGCUUCAUCUCUGCUGGCCACUGCGCCCACCGUGGCGACACCGUCACCGUCGGCACAUCGCAAGGCGGCGAGUACGUUGGCCAGUUUGUUGACUCGCGAUUCCCCGGCAAUGACAUGUCCUACGCGCAAACGGGCAACAAUGUCAAGCUCUGGGCCUCGGUGAGCGACUACAACGGCCGCUACUACUCCAUCCGAGGCAGCCAGGAGGCCGCUCAGGGCGCCAGCGUCUGCCGUUCGGGCGCCAAGACGGGUCUCCGUUGCGGCUACAUCCAGGGCAAGGGCCAGACGGUCGUGCUCGACCAGGUCAAUACUGUCUAUGAUCUCACGCGCACUUCGGCUUGCUGCGAUCACGGUGACUCUGGUGGCUCCUUCUUCACUGGUGACCAGGCUCAGGGUGUCACGUCGGCCACCAACGGAGGCUGCAACAGCGGCGGCAUCUGCUAUUACCAACCCGUCAACCCCAUCCUACAGACCUACAACGUCCGUCUCCUCACUCAGUAA